CAGCAUGCCCAGGGUCCUAGAAACCCCCAAGUGGAACUGGUUGGGUGGGGCUGCCUUUGUGCUGGAAACUUCAUAUCCGUCUGAGGAUUCUCAAGGGGGAGAUGCUUGGUUGUGGCAGGUUGGAAGAUUCCCAGUCUGGAGGAGAUUGGGGUUAGGAGCUAAGGUAAGAUUGCUGGGAGUUGGACGGGAGUCUCCAGUGGGUAAGGGCUGCGUCCUACCUGCUCACUCCUCUAAGAUGGGAGUAGGAAGUACCUAAUACUUAAGCUUACUCUAUGCUGGGUGCUAGGUGUCCUAAAUGCUUUACUUCCAGAAAUGGUUUUACUUCCCCACAAUAACCCUAUGAGACAGGAACUAAUGUUAUCCCAUUUUAUAGAUGGGGAAAGAGAGAGCAGGAAGAUGGCAGAGGUGGGAUAUAAAUCUACACAGUCCAGCUCCAGAGUCCUCACUCUAGCCAUCUUGAGGCCUUGUGGCCUCUCUGAUAACUGACCAGGAGCUGGACUGAGGGCUGGGGGGUAGAUUCCUGGUUUCUGAAGGGGGACUGCAGAUCCUAUGCCCCCACAUCCACUGCUUCCUUCUUCUGCCCCGGUUUCCUGGCAAGUGCGGCAGUGGUGCUGUGGCAGGAAGUCCUGUGGUCAUGGCCCCCCAGACUGCAGGCUCCGCCCGGAUGGGGCCCCUACGCCUCCUCCUGACUGCCUUGCUGCUCCUGGCCCAGGCGGCUCCGAGGGAGGCCUCUCAGCACUGCAGCCGCCUCGAGUACUGGAACCCUGACAACCUGUGCUGCGGCAGCUGUCUGCAGCGCUUCGGGCCGCCACCCUGUUCGGACUACGAGUUUUCCGAAAACUGCGGGCUUGAUGAUGCUGGCAAUCACGUAACGCACCCCUUCAAAGAGUGUCCUUCAGGGCAGUGCAACCCCAACAGCUCGGAGUUAUGUAGCCCUUGUGGCGGCGGAGCAACGGUCCCCACUUCCUUGGGGAGCCGCGGUGGAACCCGGCAGCGCUGCAGAGAGAAGCCGGUGCCUAGCAAGGAGCCCUGCCCCCUGCCACCUGGAAAACUGAGCGUCCUUAGCUCCCAGAAACCCAGCACACCGCCGAUUCUCAGUCUCCCAUGGACAUCUGAGCACAAAGUGCCUCAGCAGGCCUGGCCGAGUUUGAAUUUUACCCUGUCCCUGGUGCUGGUUCUGCUCGUGACCUCAGCAAUAAUCCUCCUGCUCGCCCUGCAAAGGCACCGCUGUCACCACCACCAGGGGAAAGCGGUCCAACACCCCUAUCCUGGCUUGGUUUGCAACGACCUCAACGCCCACACCCUCUUCUCCUUGCACUCAUCCUCCCCAGGCUCCCUGGAGGCCUCAGAGGCAGGGGACUCAUGCAAGGAGGUCUCUCUGCCUCUACUCCUAGGAAGAGAGCUGUUGAGUCUGGAAUCACAGCCCCUUUCUCGCCUCCUGGAUGAGCUGGAGGUGCUGGAGGAGCUGAUUGUGCUGCUGGAUCCUGAGCCUGGGCCAGGUGGGGGGAUAGCCCGUGGCAGCACUCGACACCUGGCUGCAAGAUAUGGACUGCCUGCUGCCUGGUCCACGUUUGCCUACUCACUGCGGCCCAGUCGCUCACCUCUGCGAGCGCUGAUCGAGAUGGUGGUGGCAAAGGAGCCCUCUGCUUCUCUGGGCCAGCUUGGCACACACCUGGCCCAGAUAGGACGGGCAGAUGCACUGCGGGUGCUGUCCAAACUUGGCUGAUCUGGGGCUUGCCUGGCAUAUACUCAAUAAAGUUUCCA